AGACGUGUGUGUGUGUAAGUGAGGCAGCUCAGCAGCGACGCCCUGUGGACACACGGUGUAACUACACUGUGACUGCUGUGACUGCUGCUGCUGCUGCGGAGAAACACGACGGAGAGGAAACAUCGAAACGUCCUGAAACACGACACGACACGAGAGACGAGCUGCGUUCACGAGCCUUCACAUGCCAGAGGAUGAGGAGGAGGAUGAAGAUGAAGAUGGUGGUUCAUCCUUUCCUCUCGCAUAUUUAAUAACGUGGCGUGGGAGGGGGGUGGUGCAGGUUUUUUUGGUGUGCGUGUUUUUGUGUGUGUGUGUGUUUUGUCCUGAAUUGAAAAGACAACAGAGAGCCGAGCAGCGGUCAGUCGUGGUUCCUCAAAUAUGAGGCAGGUCCGAGAGCAGGUCUCUGAAAUCUGGAUUCUAAAAUGAGAGGAACCGGCAUGGACCUGCUGUGGAGGAUCCUCGCAGCCCUCAGCUUCGACUGCUUCAAAGAUUCAUCGUCGACAAGGUGAGUGAGGCUCCAAUAGAACCCCAAUUUCAUCACCUUAAAGCAGCUGAAGCCUCUUUUAGUUCCUCUUUUAGCACAAACAAUCAAGUUCUCCAAUUUUAAAAGCAUUUUCCCGCCUAAUUUUCAGUCUUAAUUACUUAAAAUAUACACAACAAAUUAUCACAACCUACACUGUGAAACGCCUAAUUGUGAUUUAAGUCUGUAUAUGUGGGUCCAGUGAGGGAAAUACAGAAAUAAAGACACCUUCUCCUCUCUGUUGUUAUGACAACAGGUUUCCUGACUCACUGUUUGCUCUCACUUCACGCAGCUUUUCCUCCCUCAAGUCCAUUUUGUGUCACAAACCUGUGAAUCUAAAAUUUUCAGUCAAAAUUGAAGGAUUUCCUCACACUUUAAACGUCUCUGUGGUUUCAUAAAUUAGCAUAAUUCUCAUGUCUGAUCAGCUCCAGCGUUACAGGUGCCUCCAUUAAUAAAGCAACAGCCCUGGUCCCUCAUGGUCCAGGUUACAAAUCUGAACCCUCAGUCUCCAUUUUAAGUCAGCAGUUAAAGCGAUGAAGCAAUCCCAUGAGCUCCACCCUCCAGGAACUCACCUUAAAUCUUGUUUUACCUGUUUAUUUUUAUUCACUGGAACAGAUCUGAUCACAAACAACAGAAAUGUGUACAAAGUGCAACAGAAAAUCCGUCACUCUUUUUUUCACGGCUGUAUUCUUACCCUCAAACAGAAACAUAACUGGCUUAUUUGACCAUUUCUUUAACUGCAAUAAUCGUUUGUCAACCCAGACGGCAAAAAGUGGACAUUUGACAUUCUCGCAAUGUCUCUGGCACUGAAUCAACAAAACGAUAAGACAAGAAAACAAAAGACGGAUGAGUCAGAGAUGAAAAUAAUCAUUAGUUUCGGUCGCAUUUUGGCUCUUCUGCUUCUCUUUUGUAACAAUAUGAUUCAGAGUUCAAAUGAUUCACAAAAAAUCAACAAAUUCAGACAAAUUGUGCAAAAUUUCACCGUCAUUUUGAGUCAAAUCAAUCUGCAGACACUGAGUUCAGUUAACCCUACAGCAUAAUAAGACUGAUAUGUUAUGUGUGGAAUCAGAGCACCUUAAGUUGCCUGCCUGAACUAGCUCCAAGGCUUCACCCCAUCUACUUACUUAGUUCCCUCAUGGUUUAAAAAGUCUUUCAGAGGCUUUUAGACCCAAAACUGCUUUUUGACAGAGUGACCAAAUCAAAUCUGCGUGGUAUGAUAAGACCUGAGAGUGCAGAUUUUCUGGUUCCCAGGCUCUGCGCUCAGUUCUUAUCAGCUGAUUUAUGGACCCGGUCACUUCAGGACGAGUACUUUCAUGAUGGAUUGGUUUAUUCAGAGGGAAAAAAAGGCUUUAAACACCAAUCAAACUCUCAAUGAGCCAACGAGGAGCUCUUAAAAUAGCUUUAGUCCCAAAGUUAAACAUCUUUUAUUCACAGUGAUGUGAGACAUAAAAAGGACGAGAUUAAGUCUUGUUUGAAAACUGUCAAAUCACAUGACUUAUUCUCUGUAAAAAUAGAUCUCCCACUCACAUGUUUAGUUCUCCUCAGGUCUCCCACUAAGCAGAGCUCCAGUCAUGGCGGCAGCCUGGAGAGCAGCUCCCUGACCGGCUCUCUGUCUCUGGGCCCUGACCUUCCUCACUGUCAGUGCUGCAUCUCCUACGAGGCCCGGCUGAAGCGCCUCUCCUGCGGGCACCUCUACUGCGACCCCUGCUGCGACCAGAUCGUCAACCUGGCGUUCGAGGACAUCGAGGGCCUGUCCGACUACCCCUGCCCCAUGUGCAAGUCCAUCCGUCAGCUCGGAGGCCUCCCCCCGUCGUCCUCCGGGUACUUCUACGGGCCCGACGGCAUCCUGCAGCAGCAGCAGUUCACGGGGAAGGAGCACGGGAGUCGAUGGGGCUGAAGCUGGAGCUCGUCCUUCAGAGAGACUUUUGUUUUUUUUGUUUUUUUUUUAGUUUGGAUGCGCCGCCACUGCCAUGACAGCUACAUGACGACACGGACUGCAACUGCAUUACUCUGUCUGUGAGCUGUUAUCAGAUGAAACUCGUCAGAAUGCAUGACAAAACACUGAUCGGUCUGAAGUGCCAAAUGGUUGAAAACAUGUCCUGCUGAUGAUGAUAUCAAAACGGUCUCCAUGUCGGUCUAAACUGAGCUGUUGGGUUUGGCGAGUACGCCGAGGAGCUGCAGUGUUGGAGCUGCAAAGAAGAAUUGUAGCAGCAGUGAACUACAAACAGAGUGUAACUUCAGGCAAAGCCAGAAGAUGUCAGCUGUGUUUUCUCACCUGGUAAAUGAAUGAAUGCUGUAUUGAAAAUAAAGCAGUUUCACGCUCAAAAUCAGUGUUUUUAGGAUUCUCUUUAAGAAUGUAAGAGGGGCUGAGAGCUGAGCUGCUGCAGCUCAUUUUUAAGUUCAGAUUUUUAGAGCGUAUUGAGGCAUAUCGUGCAUCAUGUCCUCACAGUAUGGACUCAGCAAUUCGAAGUAUAAUGUGUUUUUUUUAUAAAUCUGGUAUCAGAGGGGAACUCAGUAUCAGCCAGUACUCAGAUCCUGGUAUCAGAAGCAGAAAAGAAGUUGCACGCUACGAUGAAAAUGUGGGAGAGAGAAGUUGUUGUAAAAUAUACUGAUUUAGAAAAUCACUGCAUUCGUAUUUUUAACAGCAUGCAGGUUUUCUAACAUCGAAAUUAAAGCAUUUCAUGCGACUGAAUAUGAAGUUUGAGAGCUUUAACUGUGCGGUCAAUAUUUUGUAUUUGAAGCGUUUCCUUGUUCAGCGCCUACAUUUGUACCUUUUCUUGUGAAAGCAUCGAGCAUUUUGCACAUGAUUCUUGGAUUGUUUUACUCUAACUGUACAUAUCAUGCAGGACGGCUGGAUUUGAAUUGUACUGUACAGUGCCAUGCUACUUUUUAAGUGUCCCAGAUCAUAUGUACAUAUUUAUUUUGUUAGAAAAUAAAGUUUGUGAGCUGUGUUUGAGA